AGUUCUUGAAAAUUAAUUCUAGUUCUCAUAUUGGAAGAGAAAACAGAUGGCUCGUAUUGGGGGAAAGGGUAGUGGGGAUGCAGAUGGCUGCAAGUUCGCCCCAUAGAUGCACACUGCAAGUUCUUCUUUUUCUUUCUUUUUUUCCAGUUACUAUUAGUUGUUUAAUGAAAGGGGCAAAUCUGGAAAUUAGACAAAUGUUUGUUAGGGCUGGGUGUAUAAAGAUUUUUGCUGGGUACAUUUAGGAACACCCAAAAACAAACGGAACCAAAUCCAGUCGGCCUCUCCAGUUCUUCAGACUACACAAUCCCCUCUACACAAUUCGCUCUCUUCUGGAGCCAAUUUUGAACUGAGAUUCUCAAAGAUCAUGUAUUGCCUUAGAUGUGAGAGAGACAAAGGAUCUUUGAGGAAGCUGGUUGUGAGGAGGUGAUUUAGCUAUCAGAUAGGCCCAUAGGGUUUCAUCUGGGUAUCAGUCUCUUCAGAGUUUAGAGAUUACUCUUUUCAGGCCAUUAAGUGAAUGCAGCUGCUACUUGGUGCUUGGUUUGUUUCUGUUUUAGUGUUUGGGAGUUUGAUGCAGGACAGAGCAAGGGUGGUUGCGUAUUGUUGCGGUUCUCCAAACAUGGGAAACAAGCCUGCAAAACAGGAAAGGGAAGAAAUCUUCUUGAAAGUUGUUCCUCCACUGGAUCGUGCAUAUGUUAGGUGGCUUGCUCGAGAUCUUGAGAGGAUACACGGCUUCACACCAGCAAACCCUCGUGCAGUGAAGCCCCCAGAUCAUUAUAUCGAGUACAUGCGCUUGAAUGGGUGGUUAGAUGUGGACUUGAGUGAUCCUGAUCUAGCCCAUUUAUUCAAGUAGAUGAUGGUGGUGUACUUAUCAAUAGAUUUGAAGGAGAAAGACACAGAGUUUUCCUUUGAACCUAACAAGUAAUGACUGUUUAGUAAUUUGCAUUGGAAUCUGAGUAUAUACCACGCAUUUGUAUGGUGGUAAAAUUUUUAUUUGAAUGAAGCAUCUCGAGCCAUCAAUUCAUGUUA